AUGCCUCCGAGCACAUCCAUCAGUUUGUUUGCCUGCCAGCAGGAGUCCGUCAGGCGCAGAGUACGGGCGCUGCAGAAGAAGCUGCGAGAGAUCGAAAAGCUGAAGUGCGCAUCCGAGGGGCUCGACCAGCUGCAGAGGGAGAAGCUUGCGAGCGAGGACGAGGUGAGAAGGGCGUGCGUGGCCCUGGAACGGGAGCUCGACAUGCUGGAGCGCCCCCCAAGCAUGGUCUUCGAGGUGGAGACUGAGCGCGGGGUACGUAGGUGUCCUACCUUUCUUGUCUCCCUCAUCGAGUUCCGCGACGGGGACGGCUUAGAAGAGCUGGCGCUUCGUUUCUGCGAUGAGCAUGGCCUGGAGGACGACCUCGUGGACCCACUGGUGCAGCACAUGGAGCAACGCAAGCCGGCCACAGCCAAGGCAAAUUCGGCCCAACUGGUCGCGACAGCCCUCUUCAGGUUGCGGUCGGCCGAGGGCGGCUGCUAUCACGCCAGGGACCAUGCCCAGUGUUGCCUGUACGGCGACGGCUGGCCUGACGAGUACAGCAAUAGCCGCGAGUUCGGCUCGGGCCACGUGUGCGAGCUCACUUGCCGGGGCGGCAGGCAGCGCGUGGAGCUGGCCCCGCCGCCGCCGAGGGCGGCGGCCACACGUGACGCCGAGAGCCGAGGUCCCCAGCCGUUUUUCCUCUCGCCGUUCACAGCGCCGAGCUCGCCUCGCGGCACCGUCCUCACGAGCUCGCCCGACCCUCGGCCGCUCCCAGCAGAUCCCGCCAUGGCCCGCUCCGCGUCCCUGCUGCUCGCCUGCGCCGUCGCGGCCGCUGCCGCCCUGUUCGUGGGCGCUCUCGCGCUGUCCUUCGUCGGCGCCUCCCCGGAAAGCGGAAACCCUACCAGGCAGCCCGUGGCAUUCUACCUCAACGCAGCCGCCGACGCCGUGCUGGACUCCGCGAGGGAGCUCGGUGCGGGCGCCCUGCGCGCCGCCCUGCAGAUCCUGUACCGGUACGUCGAGGACUACCUGGGCACAUCCGCAGGCGAGGAGAUGGUCGCCGCCAUGCGCUCUGCAGCGCAGAUUGGAGUUCCAGUGCUUCUCGGGGACCUUCCGUCCAAGGUCACCUUCAAGCGCAUAUCUCAGGAGGUGGGCUCGGCGGACAUGCAGAAGCUCGAGGAGGAGGUCAGCAUGGCAGCACCAGAGUUGCGCAUGGGCGCGCUGGACACGAAGGCUGACCUGCAGGCUCUCCUGGAGGGCGGGCGCGACCAGGCGACGACCAGGAGGAUCCGGAAGGCCUUCAAGAACUCCGCCCCCGGCUUGUUCUCCGCGCUCGUGGACGAGCGCGAUGAAUACAUGGCGCGCAAUUUGCUCACAGGACUGCGUGCUGGGCGAAGGAGGAUCGUGGCCGUCGUCGGGAGCAUACACGUCCCCGGCAUCGAGGAGCGACUGGUGCGGCUCGGCGGCCUCCGCGCCGUGGAUGCCUGCGUCUCCGCCUGA